AGGCCUGGAGGCGUGGUGGCGGCGGCGGCAGCGGCAGCGUAAUGGAGAUUGGUGCCAGCGGUCGAAACUGUGUUCGCAGGCAUGGGGCAGGAUCCCCUAGCAUUCCAUCGCCCCAGGAGCAGGAACGGAAGCUGGAGCAGGAGAAGCUGUCCGGGGUGGUAAAGAGCGUCCACCGGCGGCUCCGCAAGAAGUACCGGGAAGUGGGAGAUUUUGAUAAGAUCUGGAGAGAACAUUGUGAGGAUGAGGAAACACUUUGUGAAUAUGCUGUUGCAAUGAAAAAUUUGGCAGAUAAUCAUUGGGCAAAAAGUUGUGAAGGUGAAGGUCGUAUUGAAUGGUGUUGUAGUGUAUGCAGAGAAUAUUUCCAAAAUGGUGGGAAGAAAAAAGCACUUGAAAAAGAUAAGAAAAGAACAGUACUUGCCACUAAGACCACUCCAGCCUUAAAUACACAUGAGUCUUCUAAACUUGAAGGUCAUUCAACCAACCUCAACUUUACAAAUUCUGAAAUUAUAACUGAGUUGCUACAAACCUCAGGAAAGAUCAGAUUACUUGAUGUUGGCAGCUGCUUUAACCCAUUUAUGAAGUUUGAAGAAUUUCUAACUGUUGGCAUAGACAUUGUACCUGCUGUAGAGAGUGUAUAUAAAUGUGACUUCCUGAACUUGCAGCUUCAACAACCACUCCAGCUUGCACAGGAUGCUAUAGAUGCCUUUUUGAAGCAGCUGAAAAACCCUAUUGAUUCUCUUCCUGGAGAACUUUUUCAUGUGGUUGUUUUCUCUCUCCUUCUUUCUUAUUUUCCAUCACCUUACCAGAGAUGGAUUUGCUGCAAGAAAGCCCAUGAAUUGUUAGUGUUAAAUGGUUUAUUGCUUAUCAUCACACCUGAUUCCUCCCAUCAGAAUCGUCAUGCAAUGAUGAUGAAAAGCUGGAAGAUUGCUAUAGAGUCCCUGGGCUUUAAACGUUUCAAGUAUUCAAAAUUUUCACACAUGCAUCUGAUGGCAUUUAGAAAAAUAUCCCUAAAAACUACAAGUGACUUGGUUAGUAGGAACUACCCAGGGAUGUUAUAUAUUCCUCAAGAUUUCAAUAGUAUAGAAGAUGAGGAAUACUCUAACCCUUCCUGCUAUGUUCGAUCAGAUAUAGAAGAUGAACAACUGGCAUAUGGUUUUACAGAGCUCCCUGAUGCUCCCUAUGACUCAGAUUCUGGAGAAAGUCAAGCCAGCUCUGUUCCUUUCUAUGAGCUAGAAGAUCCCAUAUUACUUUUAAGUUAAUAUAAAAGCAAAAGGCCCUUUCAGUCCAAACUCCUAAACUAAUUACUUAACACUAAUCAGAAAUACUACCAUGAACUCAGUACUUAAAACCUGGUUUGCAUAGAAAAAUGGAAAGGUUGACAGAGUUUGUUAUUUUUUUCUAUUUCUGAAUUUUUUAAAUGUAUUCUUAUAUAAAAAGGUUAAAGUUUCAUGCAGACUGACCUUUGUCAUAGCAGAAACCACUGUUUCUUUAGCAUUUAACAUUCAGAUAUCACUGAAAGGUAACUUUAUGUCUUUAGUGUCAUUGUAAAAAAUGAAGCAUAAUUUCCUAUGUAUUUUUUCCUCUUUUCAAUGUUGACUUUAAACCAUUGCAGUGAGAAACUUUAAUAUAUGUGAAAGCUGUAGAUUGCACAUUUAACAAGUUAAAUGUAUCACAAAGAUAGAUUGGUUGAGUUUUGUGAUAUACUUACUCUUUUUUCUAACUAAAUUAUUAUGUUACAGAAAGCCAUUUUCUGUUUCGUUUUGUCUGGUGACCCAACAUUUCCUGAACUUUUUUGAAAUAAAUGGUAAUUUUUU